UUUCAUUCUAAUAAAUUUUUACACGAAUGUUUUAUACGGCAUAGAACACUGAAAUGAAUAAUAUGAAGAUCACAAUAUUGUACGGUAGUGAAACCGGCACUGCUCAAGACGUAGCUGAACAAAUAUGGAAAAGUGCCAAAAGAAAACGUUUACGUAGUACAGUCUCUGCAAUGAACGACUAUGACAUUCAAAAUCUUGACACAGAAAAAAUAGUAGUAUUUGUGGCUGCUACAACAGGCCAAGGAGAUCCUCCUGGUAACAUGGGACAGUUUUGGAGACUUCUACUGCGCAAAAGUCUUCCCGCGACAUUGCUUGCUAAUGUGAAAUAUGGAAUAUUAGGCUUAGGUGAUAGUUCGUACCAAAAGUUCAAUUUUGCGGCAAAAAAAUUAAACAAAAGGUUGAUGCAAUUGGGAGCAGAGGAAUUGCUACCUAUUGGACUAGCGGACGAUCAACAUGAUUUAGGAAUAGAUGCUGUUGUGGAUCCUUGGCUAGAAGAAUUAUGGACAAAGAUUAAUGAUAUAUUUAACAUUUCUACUCAGGAUUUAACUAAUGAUCUAGAUAAAAUAAUUGAAAGAUUCGAUGUUUCCGAGAUAAAUGUAAAUUCUGUCGACAAUGGAUAUUACUUAGAUAAUGAUAUUUACAUGAAUGAAGUAGUUACAAACAAUGAAAUGAGAAUAGGCACAGUGAUUGAAAACGAAAGAACUACCACAGAAGAUCAUUUUCAGGAUGUUAGAUUAAUUAAACUUAAAUCAGAUGAUAUUAAUUAUCAACCUGGAGAUGUAGUGUACGUUAGACCAAAAAAUUCUAAAGAGCAAGUUGACAAAUUUUUUAGCAUAUUAAAUAGUAAUAAUGUACAAUUAAGUCCGGAUAUGAAGAUUCAAGUAUCAGAGAAAGAAGUCAAAGUGCCUACUGUUUUAAAACAAACUUUGACUCUGCAACAAAUUGUUGAACAGUAUUGGGAUUUAAAUUUUAAACCACGGAGAUCUACCAUGCAAAUAUUAUUCUUUAUUAGUGAAAAUGAAUUGGAGAAGGAAAAGUUCCAUGAAUUUACAACUUCGAGUGGCCAAGAAGAACUAUAUAAUUACAUUAAUAGACCAAGAAGAAAUAUUUUAGAAACGUUCGUAGACUUUCCUCAUACAACCAGUAAAUUAAAUGUAAAGCUACUAUUCGAGAUUAUGUCUCCCAUAAAACCUCGUGCCUUUAGUAUAGCUUCAAGUUUAAGAGCCACUGAGAAUGAAAUUCAUCUCUUAGUGGCUGUAGUGAAGUACAAAACGAAGUUGCUAGAACCAAGAUAUGGUUUGUGCUCCAACUGGUUGGCAACAUUAACAAAAGGCGAUAGAAUGAUAUUUUGGAUACAAAAGGGAACAUUUAAAUUUGCAUAUGAUAAACCAAUGAUACUUAUUGGUCCUGGCACGGGUGUAACACCAUUUCGAUCAGUAUUAUUAGACAAAUCAGCAUUGCACAACGAUUUAAGUAAUUGUGUCCUGUUUUUUGGCUGCAGAAACAAAGAAAAAGAUUAUCAUUGUAAAAAUGAUUUUGAGUAUUUGUCGCAAAAAGUACAUUUAAAUCUGUUCUGUGCAUUUUCUAGAGAUCAAGCGCAUAAAAUAUAUGUACAACACGUGAUACGAGAUCAAAAACAACUAUGUUGGAAUUUUCUUAGCAAAAAUGGUAAUAUUUAUUUAGCAGGUACCGAACCUGUUCGGCUUUCCCCUGGAUGGGAAGGUACAGGUAGACCUGACGACGAAUUGAAUUUCAAAGGAGUAACAAUGGAUCAAGCAGACCUUGAAUUGAAUCCUCCCAGGGAUAGAUUAAAUAUAGUGUUCUGUAUAAUGGUACUUCAUGGAAUCGGUGCUUUGAUGCCAUGGAAUAUGUUCAUAACAGCAAAAAAUUAUUUUGUUAACUAUAAAUUAUCUAAGGACUAUACAGGAAUUGAUACAAACUAUGCCACAAAUUUUCCCGCCUGGUUAGGGUUUGCAUCGCAAAUACCGAAUCUACUCUUUAAUUGGUUAAAUGUAUUUAUACAAUUUGGUGGGAAUUUGACAACACGUAUAGUAUGGGGCAUCUUCAUACAAGUUUUAAUAUUUGUAUGUACCGUUAUUUUGGCAAUGACUGAUAGCUCUGGCUGGCCUGGUAUUUUUUUCUGGAUCACCAUGUCUUCUGUUAUUGUAUUAAACACCGCUAAUGGAAUCUACCAAAAUUCUGUGUAUGGUAUGGUUGCAAAGUUACCCAUAAAGUACACAGGAGCUGUUGUCUUAGGCUCGAAUAUAAGUGGAACAUUCACAGCUCUGAUUAACUUCCUUGCUCAAUAUAUGGCACCAAAUGCCCGAACUGCUGCAAUAUAUUACUUCAUAACGGCUCUGUUCGUUCUUCUUGCAUGUUUUGACACAUAUUUUGCACUUCCAAUAAACAGGUUUUAUCGAUAUCGUGAAUUAUUAUACCAGAAGGGAGUUAAUAAGAGACAGUUGGAAAAUAGUGCAAGAGGCAAAACUGAUACGCCGCCUUAUUGGAAAAUAUUCUGCCAAUGUUUUCCCCAAUGCUUCAAUACGUUUCUUGUGUUUUUCGUAACUCUUAGUCUCUUCCCUUCUGUUCAAUCCGAUAUAAAGAAUUCGGAUGUUAAUUUUAUAGUCCCGACGGAUUAUUACAGUACCGUUAUGUGUUUCCUCACAUUUAACGUAACCGCCCUGAUCGGAAGUUCUAUCGCGUCGUUUGUUCAGUGGCCUAGUAAAAGGUAUCUGGUGAUCCCAGUCGUUUUACGUAUUUUGUACAUACCAUUGUUUUUAUUCUGUAACUAUCAACCAAACAAUACUACAAGAGUAUUACCUGUGUAUAUUAAUAAUGAUUGGGUUUAUUUCGCGAUUGCCGUUACAAUGGGUAUAAGUAGCGGCUAUUUCUCAUCGCUGUCUAUGAUGUAUUGUCCUAGAAUGGUAGAUUCCCAAUAUUCUGCAACAGCUGGUAUGUUUGGUGCAGCAUCAUGCAUUACAGGAAUAUUUACUGGACUAUUAUUUUCCGCAGUCAUGCCCAGUUUGGUAGCACAUAUCUCAUUCGAAUCAUCUUAAUAUGCGCACCAUUUAAUUAUAAAGAACUGAUCGCGUUUUAAAAGACGUUUACCGAACAGAAGAAUCAAAAAGGCCACAAGAAAAAAAAAUAAUGAAAAUCUGAAUUCAUUGACAUAAAGUACAAUCUGAUUUUUUGUUGUUUAAAAUAUUUUUAAGAUUUCUAAUUUAAUUGAUUUCUCGUGCAGACGUGAAACCGAGAAUAAAUUUUAUUUAAUUGUACGAUAAUUUCGUCGAGUAAAAAGUAAAUUAUAUAUAUUUAUUAAUUUGAAUCUAAAUGAACACGAAAUAUUUUAUUUUUUAAUAAAAAGUAUUGGUGGUAAACAAGAGAUAUAAAAAUUAUCUGGAAUUAUCGAAUUUGAAUUGUAAAAGAACAACUUGAUAUUUCACGAUCAACUAAUAUUUAAGAUUUGAACAAAAAAAAAUAGAAGCUUGUUAUCACUUGAAAUUCUUAAUGUUUAAUCACUGCCCCGAUGGAACUAUUGCUACUAGAUUGGACCAAUAAGCCUUACUAACCACGUAUUACUAAGUUUUUCAUGUGCAUAAGUUGAAUCAGAGCCACUAAAAUAAGCCCAUCAAAGAUUUGUACAUUUAAUUAUUUGCAUUGGGGAAACAAUUCUCGGUCGCCGCCUAAUCUGAUGUAAUUUUCCUAAUUCAGACAAAUGAGCUUGAAAUUCAAACACUAAGUCUUGUAAAAUUGCCUCGUGUUUAAAUCUCGAUCUCAUUUUCCCGAAUUGGAAAAGUCACAUUAAUUUGGUGAUAACUGAGAGUCGUUUUUCGAGUGCAAAGGGUCAAUGAUUGUUAUUUACAUAGACCGAAUUUAAGAUAAGACUGUACUUUGUUAACUUUUUUGUACCAAUAAUGUAAUCGAUCCAGAGCUGUACUGUAUAUAAUUUGGAUGACAAAAAUACUUUA